AUGACGGUGGGCUUGCAGGAGGCCGAGGAGCAGCGGCUGUACCAGCAGACCCUCCUGCAGGACGGCCUCAAGGACCUGCUGGACGGCGGCCAGCUGGUGGACUGCGUGGUGAAGGUGGCCGAGCGCCAGUUUCCCUGUCACCGUCUCGUGCUGGCCGCCUGUAGUCCCUACUUUCGAGCCCGGCUGCUGGGGGAAGCGGAGCCGGGGGCCGAGCCGGGCCAGCUGCGGCUGGAUGACGUCUCCCCAGAUGUGGUGGGCCAGAUGUUGCGCUACCUCUACACCUCGCAGAUCGCCCUGGACGAGGCCAGCGUGCAGGAGCUGCUGGCCACGGCGCACCGCUUCCAGAUCGCCUCCAUCUUCACCCUCUGCAUCUCCUUCCUGCAUCGCCGGCUCUGCCUGGCCAACUGCCUGGCCGUCUACCGCCUGGGCCUCCUGCUCGACUGUCCCCGGCUGGCCGUGGCCGCCCGGGAUUUCAUCUGCGCCCGCUUCUCGCUGGUGGCCCGCGACGCGGACUUCGUGGGCCUGUCCCCCGACGAGCUGAUCGCCAUCGUGUGCAGCGACGGGCUGGACGUGGCCCGGGAGGAGGUGGUGUUCGAGGCCGUGAUGCGCUGGGCGGAGGCCGGAGGGGAUGCCCAGCUCCGGGCCGAGCGCCAAGGCGCCCUGCCCACCGUGUUCGAGAGCCUGCGCUGCCGCCUGCUGCCACGCGAGUUCCUGGAGACGCGCGUGGCCGGACACCCGCUGGUGAAGACGCAGCCCGAGCUGCUGCGCAAGAUCCAGAUGGUGAGGGAGGCCCACGAGGGGCGGCUGACCACGCUGCGCAGGAGGAGGAAGGGGAAGAAGAAGGAGGCGGAGGCGGAGGCCGAGGGGGGAGACCCGAAGGCCGAGGCCCGGGGAAAUGCGCAGGAGGCCGAGGAGGAGGACGAUGGCCGCGUGCUGCCCGGCAUCCUCAACGACACCCCGCGCUUUGGCAUGUUCCUGAAGGACCUGAUCCUCAUGGUCAGCGAGGCCGGGGCCGUGGCCUACGACCCGGCCUCCAACCAGUGCUACCUGGCCGCCCUGUCCACGCAGGUGCCCAAGAACCACACCAGCCUGGUGACCGCCGAGAACCAGGUGUUCGUGGCCGGGGGGCUCUUCCACAACGAGGACGACCCCGACGAGCCCCUGAGCGCCUACUUCCUGCAGGGCCUGCGCGACGGCGAGAGCUGCCUGGACUCGGUGAUGUGCUACGACCGCCGGUCGUUCAAAUGGGGCGAGUCGGACCCGCUGCCCUACGCCGUGUACGGCCACGCCGUGCUCUCGCACCUGGACCUCGUCUACGUCAUCGGCGGCAAGGGCGGGGACAGGAAGUGCCUCAGCAGGAUGUGCGUCUACGACCCGAAGCGGUUCGAGUGGAAGGAGCUGGCCCCCAUGCGCACCCCCCGUUCGCUCUUCGGGGCCACCGUCCACGACGGCCGCAUCUUCGUGGCCGCGGGGGUCACCGACACGGGGCUGACCGGCUCGGCCGAGGUGUACAGCAUCGCCGACAACAAAUGGUCCCCCUUCGAGGCCUUUCCCCAGGAACGCAGCUCGCUCAGCCUGGUCAGCCUGACUGGGACGCUCUACGCCAUCGGUGGCUUUGCCACUCUGGAGACUGAGUCUGGGGAGCUGGUCCCUACAGAGCUCAGUGACAUCUGGAGAUAUAACGAGGAAGAGAAGAAGUGGGAAGGGGUGCUGCGGGAAAUCCCAUAUGCGGCCGGGGCCACCUUCCUGCCCGUGAGGCUUAACAUCCUUCGCCUGACCAAGAUGUGA